CCACCUCGCCUCCAUGUUAUGACAACAGCUGUUUGGAUUAAUGCUUAAACUUGCGCUCCAGGUACGAGUCAUCUCCAAGACGGGCGCAUGGCGCGAAGAGGGGUGUGUGUGUGUGUGUGUGUGUGUGAGGGGGAGUCAAAUAUUGCAGGAAACUUGUGCAGGCUGCGUCUUAUCUGAGCGCCCAGCCCUGCCCUAAGGAUCAUGGGACGGUGGAAGACAUCGUAGAAGAAGAGGCGAGAGCAGCGGCUCAGAGAACAGACGCAGCAUGAGGAGGUUUUUCCGAGCGCAGCGGGACGAAGACUUCAGUCAGAUCCAGUAUCUGACGGCCAAGUGCACACGCCUGGCUCACGACAAAGCGGCGCUCGACAGGGAGUUCCUGGUGUCCAGGGAGCGGGAGAGGCGGCUGCAGAAUGACCUGGGGGCCGCGGCCGCGCGCCUCCUGCACCAGGAGCAGGUGAACAUGGAGCUGAGGAUGAAGCAGGACCAGCUCACCAGCAGGAUCCACCAGCAGCAGGACCUGGUGGACCUGCUGCGGCAGCGCGUGGCCCUGCUGGUGGACGAGAGCGGCCGCGACGCGGAGCUGCUGCAGCAGGUCGGCGCCGAGCUGGUGUGCCUGCAGAGCUCCGAGGAGAAGCUGGGGGGCCUGGUGGAGGAGCUGAACGCCGAGGCCCAGCACAGGGCGGCGGCGGCCGAGAGCCUCCAGGCGGAGCUGCACGCAGAGGCCCGCCGCAGGGCCUCGCUGACGGAGGGCCUCCAGGCGGAGCUGCGCAGUAAGACGGGCGAGUUGGAGGAUCAGCGAGGCCUCAACCAAACUCUGAGGGACGAGCUGAAGGAUUUAAGCAGAGCUCAUCAGAAGGAGGUUCAAACACCGUCUGAUGGAGGAGCGAGACGCCCUGCUGCAGCAGGUCAGCACGUUGGAGAAGAAAGCCCAGAAGCUGAGGACGUGCUCACGCGACCACAGCCCCGCGCAGAGCCCCCGCUGCCCCCUGCAGGACGCGGAGAGCUGCGACGGCGUGACGUCGUGGGACCCAGACGGAGUGGCGGAGCUGGAGGUGGAGAAGUCGAGCACUCUGUUCGAGGGGAUCUUUCACCAGGUCCACACUGUAUACGGCUGGAAGCAAAGGAGCUGGUGCAUCGGUACAUUUGGCGGCUGUGGUCCAGGACGGGGGGCGGUCGUCCGCUAAGCAGAAGGCGGGGAAUCCGUUCCACGGACACCAGAAACCUCCGUGAGGACAUGAAGCCCGGAGCCGCCCUGGAACCUUCUCUUCCCACCUUCUGCAAACCAGGAGAUAAUGACGGCAUGUGUGUGUGUGUGUGUGUGUGUGUGUGCGUGUGUGUGUGUGUGUGGUUGGCUUUGUAAAAUGCUUCCCAGUGAUUGCGUGUGUGGGAAAAAAAACCCAUAAAAUAAAAAAAAGGACAAGAACCCGUGAAACCCACCGUUCACUUGUUUGUCCUCCACAAUUGUUCACCUGUCUUUUGAAAAAAAAAAAAAGAAAAAGAAUCUGCUUGGUGACGCGCGAGUGGCCUAAACGCCGUCGCUCCCGUGACACGUGCGCGUCACGUGUCGGCCUGGUCCCGUUUUCCCGUAAUCGUUCAUUACUCAGACCUCGUAAUCAACGCCGCUGACGAGAGCAGCGCACCUGAGAAUGUUCCCCCUCCGUCUUGUCUGUUGUUCUGCCAGCCAACGGGGAACCGGCAGCUGCUGCACAGAGGAAACGACCAACGUGUUGUUGUUGUUGUUGUUGUUGUUGGGGGUUUUUUUUGGACUCAACAUUUUAACCUACUGAGAGUUUCACCCCAUCCGAGAUCAGAGCGUUCUCCUUUUCUUCAAAAAGAGGACGCGAGGUGACAUUUGGCUCGCGAGCUCCAUCGUAUGUGAACCAUAUGAUGCACAUGCGAUGGAGGCGGCGGCGGCGGCGGCGGCUCACAAGGCGACGCACACGUGUUGUGGACCAGGCAGGAAGCGUCCUGUCACAUCAUGCACUCGUCUUCGUUUUCGAGUUGGGGUUGUUGCUGCUGCUGCCGCUCACGAGGGAUUCAGCACAGUCGAAGCCAAUUUAGCUCCAAUAAUGCAAAAAUAAUCAACAGACGCGUUUUGCCUCAGGGAAGUGAAAUAACCGCAACACCCUUUGUAUUAUGGACGCAGGUUCAUUUCUGUAGGAUCUUUUCUCCUGCUUCUGCUCGUCGGGUCAGAUUAACUUCCAUGUGCUGCUGGUUUCAUUUACAGGGACCGGUCAAAAAAUAUUCACACUCCUUUUACACACUUUGAAAAAAGAAUCCUUAAUAACCAAUAAGUGAGGACGUGUUUUUUCAGAAACUGAAAAUCUCACAAUCCGCAAAUCUAUUCAUAAUAUGGGAACCCGGCGGGUGAAACGGGUCAGCAACGAGCGUCGCUAAAGCCGUUUUCAUCGACGAAUUCCGGGAAAACGCCGCUCACGUAUACGACGAACGAACGCGGCGGGAAAAGCUCAUUCGGCGGCGCCUGGGAUCCUGUGACCAGGGCGGCACCUUUAAGAGCUGCAGGAGCUCUAUAGGGCCAGAUCGGGGGCUCUCCAACGAGGCCCCUGGACAAAAAGACGCGCGCUUAUUUAUGAGAGGGUUGUGUGAUAUAUCAUGGGGUUCGGGGGGUUGGAGGCAACCAAGGCAAGGUGCUGCUGUCAGGCCUGCCCGACGCCGGUGUUACGUCCCAUCGUGAAGGUGUGGGGGCCCCGGAUUUGCAGCAGCGCCCCCCCCCCCGACCAUGGGGGCCACCACUACCACCAGCAGCAGCAGCAGCAGCAGCAGUCUGCCCACUGACUGCCAAGCGCUUAAAGGCCUCCGACCCUAAGCGGGUUGUGCAUGGCAUGGGUGGAGCCCAGAGAUUAACAACGGGCGGCGGCUGGAGACAGGUUUGCGUUUUGCACACAACGAAUGCCGCUGCGCCCCCCUUCCCCUUCCCCUUCCCCUCCCCUCCCCUCCCCUCCCCUCCCGCAGAACGAGACUCAGACAUUACGGAGUGUUAUUAAUAGAACAAUUAUAUGCAGAGUAAGAAGGGCACGUUUAUGUCCGAGCGACGUCACAGCCAGGGAAAGCACAUUACAGACAUUUAACACCGGGAUAUGUCCAUUAAAGAGAGAGACUUGUUAAAAUAGCAGGAGACUUCAUGUAUUUCCACGCGUGACUUAUGUCUGUGCACUUGCUUAUGCAAACACAGAUUAUCUGGUAAAAAGCGUGUACUGUACACGGCAGGAACGGAUCAUAAAUAGCAAGGCAUGUUGGGGGUUUUUUUUGGAAAGGACCCAAUUAUUGCGAGCAGAGAGCCUUUACGAGGGCCGGGAGAAAUAUUCCUUGUGUCUAAGCUCGCGAAAAAAAACAAAACUCUAACAUGUUCGGAACAGUUUGUUUGCGCUUUUGACUAAACUGAAAAAAGAAGAAAAAUAAAUGUUAGUCACGUCCUUCUUCUUUCCUCGUGGAGGCGAGACAAGAAUCCAGCUGAGUUGAGAGUUGUUUACGCCCGCGUCCCUCCUCGUACACUGCAGUUUGGUUUCUUCAGAUUGAUUACUAUGGAUGUUUUUGGGCUCCGUCUCGGAGGAGGAGAGACAAACUGCCUCGGCCGCCACGCUAAUCUAAAACAGAGCGGGAACGAAUGCGUUUUUUUCCCCCCUCCGACACUGUUUGGACGGGUGUGCGUAAAUGUUUGUGACAGUGGCGUGAGCAAACACGCACGAGGGCUUGGGUGUUUUUGGGCGCAGCGGAGACACCCUCGGUUUGUAAACGCCGCCGCGCUGUGUACGGCGAGCGAAGCAUCGCGGCAAGCCCUGUGUGUGUGUGUGUGUGUGUGUGUGUGUGUGAACGCAAAGUUUCCUCUCGCCUUCGGUGGAACACUGACAUCACAUGCGGAGGAAUUCCUCCCCGGUAAACAAAGAGAGUGGACCAGUGAAGAUGCAGACCUGGCAACGAGCAGGAACAAGAAGGGAGUUCUGGUCCCGUCUGGCAGCGGCAGUAAAGCAAACACAGCACGAUUAGGUAUUUGAGAUAAUGUGUGUGCUUUACUUCACUUUUUAAAGGUUGGAGUUUGCAGGAGCUCAUGUCCAGGAUCCACACACGCUCAUACAUUAUGUCCAAUAUAUAUAGUUGUAAUAUGUAAACUUAGUUUCAUAAAAAUCGGUGUAAAUUGACCUGACAUGGCAAGGCCUCCACAGUCAGGGACGAUGUUUCUGUACCUCUACGUUAAAGCUACAGUGUGUAAUAUUUAGAAGAACUAAUUCACAGAAGUGUAAUAUAUUGUCCAUAACUAUGUGUUCAUAUAUGUAACAUCAACAUUGAAUGAGUUAAAUGAGGUGGACCCGACCUCCG